GUCGUACAUUCGCCACUUGUAAUUAACAAGAAUCAUCGGAAAAUGGCAUCUUUGAAAAUAAUAUUGAUAAUGGCAAUUCUUUUCAAAUUACUCUUUUAAAGUUUUUAUCACCAAAAUAGUCUUAAAAAUGAUCAAAAUUGUUUUUUUUAAUUAAUUUUAAAAUUUAUUUUUUAUUUUAAAAAUUUGAAACUUCACUCUCAAAACUUCAUCCUUUAGCUUAGCUGUAAACCUAAAUAUAAAUUAAUUAACCAUAUGGUAGAAAUGUAUAUUUAUCUUUUAAUAAACUUUUUUGUCAUUUUCUUCUUUGAAAGCUAUUUUUGUGAAAAUAAACUAAAAAGAGUAUAUUAGAGAAUUUCUCUAUUGUGGUAAUUACGUAUACAUAUUAUUUAUAUUUUUUUAAAAAAUAUUUCUUGUAUUGUUAUUUAAGCAUAUAUUGUCUUUUGUUAGUUAAGCACUACGGUAAGAUAUGCAAGUUACUUUAUUAAGAUGCAUAUAUACUCACUUUUAUUACAUAUAUAUGUUUCUAAAACAUAGUAUUAUAUAUACAAAAUGUCUACGUAUGCAUUCCAUUAGAAAAAAAUAAUGAUGAUAAGUAGAAUAUUAAUCAAUUUUAAAACUAGUUACAAUCUUUUUAAAAAAUAAUAGACAACUUUUUACAAAUGAAACCAAUGGGACAGGUGUAGGAAUAGUCUUCAAUAUGUGUAUAGAUUAGAAAAUCUAUUGAGGAUAUAGUCAUUUGAGUGUAAUAAACAUAACAUGACAUAUGCAUAUAGAUGACCACAAGUGCAUAUUGGCUUAUUAGCAUAUACCCGUUUGAGCACCUACUGACCUACAUAUAACUUUGAACUAAUAAAUAUUUAAAUGUAUAUGAAAAACCUUUCAAAUGAUAAAUGAUUAAAUGUUAAACCAAACUAUGAUCUGGCAUUGGCUAAUAGCUUCACACUUUGUGCGCACGUCUAUUUAAAGCUUCACAAAGACCCGAACUUACAUCACAACCUGAAAACGAAAAAAUAUCACAAGAAAAGAAAAAAAUAUAACCAUCUAUUCAGAAUGUUUUCUCUGGGUAUGAGAACCGAAAUAGAAAAUCUGUGGGUUUUUGCUCUUGCAUCAAAAUGCAAUAUUUUCAUCCAAGAACAUUUUAUUUCUCUUCUCAUCGCCGUAGCCAUCACUUGGUUUACCUUAACCAUCGUAUUUUGGUCUACACCUGGUGGACCGGCUUGGGGAAGAUACUUUUUCACUCGCCGGUUUACUUCCGGCUGUAACCAAAAAAACAAGAAUAUCAUUCCCGGUCCGAGAGGGUUUCCACUCGUGGGAAGCAUGAGCCUAAGGUCAAGCCGCGUUGCCCAUCAGCGCAUAGCAGCAGUGGCUGCGAUGAGAAACGCCAAGCGGCUCAUGGCGUUUAGCCUCGGUGAUACUAAGGUGGUGGUGACGUGUCAUCCUGACGUGGCAAAGGAGAUACUGAACAGCUCGGUGUUUGCAGACCGACCUGUUGACGAAACCGCUUAUGGUUUGAUGUUUAACCGAGCCAUGGGAUUCGCUCCAAAUGGUGCUUACUGGCGUACGCUACGUCGGUUAGGUUCGAACCAUCUUUUCAACCCAAAGCAAAUCAAACGCUCGGAGGAGCAGAGACGAGUGAUCGCGACUCAGAUGGUGAAUGUAUUUGCACGUAACGCUGAAACCGCGUUUGGAGUACGUGAUUUGCUCAAAACGGCGUCGUUGUCUAACAUGAUGGGUUUAGUUUUCGGGAAACAGUAUGAACUGGAGUCUAAUAACAACGUUGAGUCGGAAUGCUUGAAGGGUUUGGUUGAAGAGGGGUACGAUCUUCUCGGUACACUUAACUGGACCGACCAUCUUCCUUGGUUAGCCGGUCUAGAUUUCCAACAAGUCCGGUUCAGAUGCUCUCAGCUUGUACCGAAAGUAAACCAGUUAUUGAGCCGAAUCAUUCAUGAACACCGUGCACUUACGUGCAGUUUUCUCGACGUGUUACAACAUUCUCUUCAUGAUUCAGAAAAAUUAUCAGAAUCCGACAUGGUCGCUGUUCUUUGGGAAAUGAUAUUUAGGGGGACGGACACAGUGGCUGUUCUAAUCGAGUGGGUGCUAGCGAGGAUUGUGAUGCAUCCUAAAGUUCAGUCAACGGUCCACGAUGAGCUUGACCGAGUCGUUGGCAGAUCCAAAGCCGUUGAUGAGUCUGACCUCCCAUCUCUCACGUAUCUAACGGCUAUGAUCAAAGAAGUGUUGAGGCUGCAUCCACCAGGCCCACUUCUCUCUUGGGCUCGUCUCUCCAUAACGGACACCACCGUAGACGGAUAUCACGUGCCGGCUGGGACCACCGCGAUGGUCAACAUGUGGGCUAUAGCACGUGAUCCGCACGUGUGGGAGAAUCCUUUGGAGUUUAAGCCUGAGAGGUUCGUGGCUAAAGAGGGUGAAGCUGAGUUCUCUGUUCUCGGGUCGGAUCUGAGGUUGGCACCGUUCGGGUCGGGUAAGAGAGUUUGCCCGGGAAAGAAUUUGGGGCUUGCGACGGUUUCGUUUUGGGUUGCAACGCUCUUGCAUGAGUUUGAGUGGCUUUCUAGUGUCAACGCUAACCCUCCUGAUCUUUCAGAGGUUUUGAGGCUGUCGUGCGAGAUGGCUUGUCCUCUUGUCGUUAACGUACGCUCAAGGCGUAAGAUAGCAUAAGCUUCGGUUUAGUCAAUGCACGAAUGCUUCAAAGUUAUUGGCAAAUUAAAAAAACACGUAUUCUAAUAAAACCUGGAAACUGAUAUGUAUGCAAAGUCCAAAGUGCAAAGUAUAUUCGCCCAUCUUUUAUUGAUUAAGGGAACAUAUUAAUGUAUUUGUAUUAUAUGAAAUAAAUUUAAUAUAUGUUUCAUGCGUACGGUUUGAUGA